AUGUUAGAUAAAACACAAACAACAGCAAAACAGAUUGUAUCCUUAUUAAAGGAUUUAGAAGGAUAUUUCAAAGAUGAACAAAAUCAAUUAAAUGAGGAGAUUGGUAAUUUAGAGGCAACAAGAACAAAAAUCAAUGAAAUUAAAAAGAUUAUUGAUGCUACCAUGAUUUCAGAUCCAAUCACACUCAAUAUUGGAGGAAAGAAAUUCCAAACGACCAAAGCAACUCUAACACGUAUCAAAGGAACUUAUUUUGAUGUAAUGUUGUCUGGUGAAGCUGAUAUUAAACCAAUGACUGAUACCACAAAUACAUUCUUUAUUGAUAGAGAUGGAUCAAAUUUCAAGUACAUUUUAAAUUAUCUUCGUGAUGGUGAUAUUAAUGUCAUUCCAAAGGAGGUCAAAUCAGAGGUUGAAAGAGAAAUGAAAUUCUAUAAAAUCGAUUUACCUCUGCCACCCUCACCAUCUACAUUGAUUGAACUGUCACAUUUUGAAUUGAUCAAUGAUUGGAUUGGAUCAAAACAAAACUAUACUUUAUUGUACAAGGGUUCAAGAGAUGGAUUUGAUUCGCCAGCUUUCCACAGAUGUUGUAAUGGAAAAGGUAAGACCAUUACAUUGAUCAAAGCACAUGAUGGUAAUGUAUUUGGUGGUUACAAUAGUCAGGAUUGGAAUUUAAAUGGAAGCUAUUAUGGAGACUCAUCAUGUUUUAUUUUCACAAUCGUCAACAAGCAAGGAUUGGCUCCUACAAGAUAUUUAGGAAGACAGAUGGGAUUUGGAGUAUACCAAUAUGUUCGAGGAUCAGCUCACGCAGGACCCAUAUUUGGAGUUAGUGAUAUAGUAGUCUCUGGCAACCCUACAACGCCAACCAAUACUAUUGGCUUCCCACGUAGCUACACUGAUACCACUGGAUUGGGUAGUCAAACAUUUACCAGCAGCACUACAUUCAUAGUUGAAGAUAUCGAAGUUUUUAAAGUCUAA